AAAGUCCAGUUUUGAAUUAUUACUACAAAUUGGAUGAUUAUAUGUUAUUUACACAGCAGAUAAUUGUACAUCAUCUGGAAGAAUAUAUUUGGUUGAAAGAAGGUGAUGAUGAUUUGAUGUGAUGAUUUGUUCAUCAAGUAUUUAUUGUGAGAAUUUAUAAAAAAUGCAUGGAAUCAAGAGAAUAUUAGUCUUUUGUUUAUUAACAACUAUAUUACCAAUUUUAUUUCUUAUGAUACCAUUGUAUUUACGUCAUAAUUUCUACGCCAAUGUAGCAUAUGCUGUAACAGAUUCUGAUAUCUUAGAAAUUACAGAUGGUAUUUCUACAAUAUUUUGUUCUGUACAUACAUUACAAAUGAAUAGAACAUUUAAUGCAUUUCAAAUGACACAAAAACCACAAAUUACUUCAUAUAGAAAACAUAUUCGUCUUAAAAAAAGUAUGAUAUUACCAGAUGAUACAUUGGAAUAUUGGGGAUUUUAUCUUUUAAAAGGAGCAAGUGUAGCACUUUCUGUAUGUUCGAGGUUUCAAGGUGCUUCUAUACUUGUGGUUAAAGGAGAACGCAAUUUACGAACAUGUGGUAUGUUGGAACAUCAUAAUACACAAAUUCUAAAAGGUAUAUUUUUACCGAAAGCUAAGGAACAAGUUAAAGUAACAUUUAAAUCAAAUACAGAAGAAAUUAAUUCCAGCAAUAACAUUACACAAGUCAUUUACAAUGGUACUAUAUUAAAUAAUAUAGAAGAUAAAUUGUUAUGGAAUAUUACUUCAUAUUCAGGAAUCAAUCAUAUAUCUUAUGAAAAAAAUCAUGACAAAAAAUCAAAAAAAUUAAUACAGAACGAAACUAUUCAACAUUAUAUAAAAUCUAUGCAAAAAAAAAAUAUAUAUGAUACUAGAAAAUUAAGACAUAUUAAAAAAAAACAAUAUAAAGAACAAGUAAAGGAAAUAAGAAGAAAUAGAAUAUUACAGGAAAGAAAAAAAAUACAAAAAAAUAUUAAAAUCAAAUCUUAUCUUAAAAAAUAUAAAAAUGAAAAACAUAAUUUUUUAGUUUUAAAAAAGUUGCAAAGGAAAUUAAAUUUAGAAAAUAAUAUUGAAGAUAAUAUUAAAAAAAAAAUGAAAAUGCAGGAUAAAAUAUUAAAAAGAAGAAUCAGAAAUCAAGAAAUUGUUAAACCAACUUUUUUACUUGAUCAAGGUGUCAAACAUGGUGGAAAUGCAGGUAAAAAUGCAACAGAUAUUGAUCAUGAUUCUUCCGUAUCCAGUUUUGAAACCGAUUUAUUUAAAUGUUAUGGAGGCUCAAUUUUAAUAGCUCAAGAAUUUGCACCUUCUGAACAAUGUACUAAUGUUACUUAUUUACUUAAUAGUAAACAUAUGCAAGCAGUGCAUAAUGUUGUAGAAAAUGGUUAUUAUUACUAUAUUUUUUAUAGUGAUAAUGAUAUUGUAUCAAAUGAUAUAUAUGCAGUAUUUGAUAUCUAUAAACCUGUUUUUCAUUAUGAAAAUAUAACAAAGUCUUGUAUAAAUCAAACAAAAUGUUCCUUUUCAAUAAAUUUAUUAUCUUCUGAUAAGGUAAUUGUUGAAAUACCAACUAAAGAUGAUUUUGAAUAUGAAAUGAAUGAAGCUAAUUUACUUUUAUCAAUUUGUCAUCCACGUAUGGAAGUAUAUAUAAUUUUUCCUGUUGCAGUAUUAUUUUUUAUUCUUGCUUGUGCUUUUAUGUAAAA